GGAAGCGCACUCACGUGUUUCACUUUACCUUCGCCAUGUUGAAUGUCAGACUGCAAGCGGAUGACAAAAUGACAAAUGCAUUUGGGAUAUUUGUUGUUUAAAGAAACAGGUGACAAGGGAUACACCCAUGAUGAAAUCCUGUAGUUUUUGUGGCGCCCACACAACAGAAUUACUGAGGUGUAGUCGCUGUAAGGCGAAAUUCUACUGCUCCAGGAUGUGUCAACAAAAUCAUUGGAAAGAGGGACACAAGAUGGAGUGUAGAGAGGAGAGAGUUGAAGAAAAGAAGAACCUUUGUGAGUGCAGUUUUUGUGGCGUCCAUUCCUCAGAUUUAAAGAGAUGUAGCCGAUGUAAGGGAAAAUCCUGUUGUUCACAGGACUGUCAACAAAAGCACUGGAUAGUUGGACAUAACAAAGAGUGCAAGAAAAAGAGUAAAGACGAGUUAACUUCACCAGUGUUGACAUGCACUUCUUGCAAGAAACCGUCACAGCAGGUAAAGAGAUGUAAAGGAUGUCUACAGGUGUCCUACUGCUCCAGAGAGUGUCAAGUUCAGGACUGGGCCCAGAAACACAAGGAUGAAUGUGUGAAGAUACAUGCACAAUCAAAUAAGGGCGAUGGUUUACAAGAAGUGAAAAAAGAGUCGACUUCACCAGUGUUGAUAUGCACAUCCUGCAAGAAAUCGUCAGAACAGUUAAAGAGAUGUACAGGAUGUCUGCAGGUGUCCUACUGCUCCAGAGAGUGUCAAGUUCAGGACUGGAACCAGAAACACAAGGAUGAGUGUGUGAAGAUACAUGUACAGUACAAGGAGGAUUUACAAGAAGUGGAAAAAGAGGACCAGAAAGAUGAUGUGUUCAGCAAGGAGAAGAGCGAUAAUGGUCAUAAAUCACUCAAUAUGUGUACUGUAUGUGGCAAAAAGGGUACAAUGAAAGUAUGCCAAAGGUGUAAAAUCCAAAAGUACUGCUCUCCGGAAUGUCAAAAGGCAGACUGGCAAACACAUAAAUCACACUGCUCACAAGAGGAAAAAUCAACAAGUAGGAAUGAAAAGGUUUCCGAUGUUCCAUCGCCAAUAUGUGCAAACUGUAGAAGUCAAAGCGCCAGACUGAGGUGUUCUGGCUGUAGGGUUGUUUACUACUGUUCGAAAGAUUGCCAGAUGACAGAUUGGAAUAAACACAAAACGUCGUGUAAAGCAUACAAGUCUCAGCCUAAAGUAAGGGAGACGCUCACUAUUGGAGAGUGCUCAAUGAUGGGUCUUGUCACACCAGAAGAACACGGAGGCAGAAACCAAAAUGACGGGAAAUUACAGUUAAUAGGAGAAAAAAGCGAUUUCACAAAUUUUUCCUGCAAUCGAUGUUUACAAAAAAUUGCCCCUGGGAAUUUCAAUGUCACCUGUAACGAGUACAAAACCGCAAUAUACUGUUCAAAUCCUUGUAUGGAACUGGAUAAAUCUGAACACAGGAAAACAUGUGCAACAUCCUAUAUUCCAGGUUCAGGUAAUACAAUGUCGUCAUGCGUUAAAAAUGACGCGAACGGUCAAUCUAUAAGACUGGACAUUUCUCCUUCCCACGCCCAUUUACCCUACACAAGAAAUCCGUUAUUUGUUGAAGAAAAUGUGGAUUUGAAUUGGAUCGUGGAAAGAACCGCGCAAUCAUGCAGUGAGGCGAUAGAGAAAACUAAAAGAAAGUUUCCUUAUUACACUAUGAUUACCCGUCUCAGAGAAAUUCCAAUAGAGGAGAGGUCAAUGCUUACUUCCAACAUAUGUACACUUCCGUAUGUGUUUCUCGCAUACAUAAGAAGAUUCCAUAAAUACAGGGGCUGUCACAAUGUAUACUUGCAGGAUUCUGAAAGGCGUGAGAUUUAUGCUUCCUUCUACCUCCCUAACGACGAUCCAACACCAUACUUUGAGUGGAGUGACCUUGUUCCUGGCAAAUUCGUGGCCAUUUUGUUUCCUUGUAUCCAUUUCUUUCUAGAUUCCACUGUUGGUUUGCGCGUGGAUAAAUCCAAGAACUUCUACUGUUUUGAUGUUGAAGACUAAAUGUGAAUUAAUGCGGGUUAUGCUUCCUUACACCUUGCAAAUGACGAUUCGAAGUUUGAACAUUAUACUUUGAGCGGAGUUACGUUGUUCCUGAAGUUGUUCUUGCCAUUUUGUUCAUGCGCCUAUUUCCUUGGUGAUUUUUUUAAUGACCU